UCUUAAUCUUUUAUUUUUACUGGCCAGUCUGAGAUGUUUUUUUCUUUGCAACUGCCUAGAAGGCCGGCAUCCCGGAAUCGCCUCUUCACUGUUGACGAUGAGACUGGUGUUUUGUGGGUACUAUUUAAUGAAGCUGCCAGUUGAGGACUAGACACUCUAAUGUACUUGUCCUCUUGCUCAGUUGUGCACCGGGGCCUCCCACUCCUCUUUCUAUUCUGGUUCGAGCCAGUUUGCGCUGUUCUGUGACGGGAGUAGUACACAGCAUUGUACGAGAUCUUCAGUUUCUUGGAAAUUUCUCGCAUUGGAAUAGCCACCAUUUCUCCAAACAAGAAUAGAGUGACAAGUUUCAGAAGUAAGUGUUUGAUUCUGGCCAUUUUGAGCCUGUAAUCAAACUCAGAAAUGCUGAUGCUCCAGACACUCAACUAGACUAAAGAAGGCCAGUCUUAUUGGUUCUUUAAUCAGACCAACAGUUUGCUGAUAAUGGGCCUCUGUACGCCUAUGUAGAUAUUCCAUAAAAAUUCUGCCAUUUCCAGCUACAAUAGUCAUUUACAACAUUAACAAUGUCUACACUGUAUUUCUGAUCAAUUUUAUGUUAUUUUAAUGUUCAAAAAAUGUGCUUUUCUUUCAAAAACAAGGACAUUUCUAGAGUGACUCCAAACUUUUGAACGGUAGUGUAUAUGAUACAUUUGGAAAGUAUUCAGACCCCUUGACUUUUUCCACAUUUUGUUACAUUACAGCCUUAUUCUACAAUGGAUUCAAUUGGUUUUUUUUUUCUCCCAUCAAUCUACACACAAUAUUUUUGCUAAUUUAUUACAAAUAAAAAAUGAUAACUUACCUAAAUAAGGUUUUAGACCAUUUGCUUUUAGAAUCGAAAUUGAGCUCCGGUGCAUCCUGUUUCCAUUGAUCAUCCUUGAUGAUGUUUCUACAACUUCAUUGGAGUCCACCUGUGGUAAAUUCAAUUGAUUUGGAAAGGGACACACCUUUCUAUAUAAGUUCCCACAGUUGACAGUGCAUGACGUCGAAGGAAUUGUCCUUAGCGCUCCGAGACAGGUUUGUUGAGGCACAGAUCUGGGGAAGGGUAAUAAAAAAUGACUUCCGCAUUGAAGGUUCCCAAGAAGACAGUGGCCUCUAUUAUUAUUAUUAUUAUUAUUAUUGAAUGAAAGAAGUUUGGAACCACCAAGACUCUUCCUAGAGCUGUUCCCAUGGCCAAAUUGUGCAAUCGGGGGAGAAGGGCCUUGGUUAGGGAUGUGACCAAGAACUCAAUGGUCACUUUGUAGAGUUCCUCUGGGGUGAUUGGAGAACCUUCCAGAAGGACAACCAUCUCUGCAGCACUCCGCCAAACAGGCCUUUAUGGUGGAGUGUCCAGACGGAAGCCACUCCCCAGUAAAAUGCACAUGACAGUCUCCACCCAAGGACUCUCAGACUAUGACCAACAAGAUUCUCUGGUGUGAUAUAAGCAAGAUUGCUGCUGGGCCCAUGACUGCCGUGUCAGUAAUGAUCGCGGAGCGCACGGCAUGGAGAGGAAUAUUGGAGACCAGCUCAACAAGGCAUUUGAAGCUUACCGCCAGGCCUCUAUCGAGCGAGACAGCGCCAAAAGGGAACUACAGAAGACGAAUGAAUAUUAUCAACGGCACACUCAGAAACUUCAGAAACAGAUAGAAGACCAGCAGCAGUUGAUUUCAAAACUCAAAGUUCAGUUGAUAGCAGCAACUAAGCAACCUUCAGGAGAGGUGAAAGGUGAGGCUGUUCCUAGAAAACAGGAAGAGGAAAACCUGUCUCCUUCCAACCAUCGCUUUGACAACCCAAGCAGCUCCUUCCGGAAGAUUCAUUACUUGAAGGGGAACAUGGAAACUGCAAUGAUUGUGUCACCUUCACCACACACAGCACCUGUAAACAACAGUUUUGAGAAAAAAGAUGUUUUUGAGGCGUUUCAAGCUCUUCACGGGAAAUUCCAGCAGAUACAGACAUUAACCCGGAGACAAAAAGAUCACCUGAAAAAAAUCUCCAAAGAAAAUUACAUGGCAAAUGAGAAGCAGUUCUCCAUGCCCAUUCAGUGUACAGACGUGACUGCGGAGCAGGCGGAGAGGCCCUUCCCCUCAGCCUUAAGGCCAGUGGUCAUCCUCCAGCACCCACCCACAUCCCUGGCAUCCCGUGGUGCCAGCCAAGAGGACAGAGACCUAGUGGACUCCCUCACCAGAAUCAGCGUCAAGUUCCCCCCCUCCACAGACAGUGAAUACGAGUUCCUGAACAGCGCUCCAGAGAAACACUUUGACCUGUCUAUGCCAAGGCAACGGGCAGCAGUCAGCAGUAUCCCUGCCGUCAUAGAGGAAUCGUCUAUGGAGCUGGCCAUCCCAUUCCUGUAUCCUACAUCUCCCUCUCACCCCACCUCCCCCUCCACCUCACUCUCACACGAGAGUGUGCGUGGACCCCUGCAGCCUCUGUGGAGCCCUGAGCUUUGUGAUGCAGUAGCAGCACAGGCCGUGAGUGCGAAGCCACAACAACAGAUCAACAACAGCCCUGAUAUCUGUGCCUACUGCAACGCUGAAGUUCCCCAAGACCAUAUGAAAAGCCACCUUUUCACUCAUUGCCAGAGGGAGAGUGAAGCCAGCAAUUGACACUAGCAGACAGUGGCUGCCCAAUGAAACACCUCUAGGCUUAAUUCAUGGUUUAUUCAUGUCUUUGUUGCUACGCCAUGAAUUACACGCGCUGGGCUGGAUGUCACAUGACACUGGCGUUGGCAACGGGACUAGAAUCCACUCUUGAUCAUAUAUUUAAUUUGUAAGAGUUGAAUGGUACAUUUUACAGUCGUCGUCUUAAGAUAUUACUUUGAAAUUGUACAUCUCUAGACCUAUGAAAUGAUAUUGUACAGUAUGUAGGUUUAAGUAUAAUAAAGCAAUAAUUUAAUCUUUAA